ACACAAGGAGUAUGGUGGCCAGGCGCUUACUUUCUCCACCGAGUAAUAAGAGUAACCCAUUGUUCUCUUCAAUCUUUUGGGGUCCAACUGCCCUGGGAUCUUUUAGCCAUGGCAUCAGAGCUGCUUUCUGCCUUGCGCACCCAGGAUUUUCGUAACCACUAUAUCCAGUUUAGCCGCUGGUAUUCUUCCCAUCGACCUCUCGUUCAGCGGGUAAUCAACACUGCUUUCAUCGUUUACGUUCUUGGUUCGACAUUUAGUGGCUUGUCUGGAAAGGGCGGGUCAUCCAGGUCGACCAAGUCUAGGAAGGGCAAGGGUUCCAAGGGCGGAAAUGAUGGUGACGACAAGAGGUCGACAAGGGUUGCGGUCGACUCUGUCUUUUAUCGGCGAUUGGGUGCCAUUCUCAGGAUCGUUGUACCAAGUAUAAGAUCGAAGGAGGCUCUACUUCUGGUCACACACUCAAGUUUGUUGGUAUUACGGACGGCAAUCUCUCUCUAUGUUGCCGCAUUGGAUGGACGGAUUGUAGCGAGCCUUGUACGUGCCCAGCCCCUUCAAUUUUUCCUCAACAUUAUGCGCUGGUUAUGUGUCGCGAUACCUGCGACAUGGACAAAUAGCUGGCUUAGCUAUGUUCAAAACAAGCUCACCAUCGCCUAUCGGACGCGUCUUACAAAUGUCAUCAUGCAACAGUAUCUUGGUGAUGAAGAUGAAGGAGCCCAUGGCAAAGUCUACUACAAACUAUCGAAUUUGGAUGACAGGAUAAAAAAUCCUGACCAGAUGAUCACUCACGACAUCCACAAGUUCUCGACACACCUAGCCGCCAUAUACGCUAAUCUUGCCAAACCGACGCUCGACGUGAUACUAUAUAAUUAUCAGCUGUCUCAAAACGUGGGGGCCGAAGGUUUACUACUACUUACUGUUUUGGUCCAAUCCUCGGCUGCCCUGCUGCGCUAUCUGACGCCACCUCUUGGAAUGUAUACGGCACUGUCGGCACAGCUGGCUGGCGAAUUGCGUCACACUCAAUCCCGGCUGGCCGAAUUUUCUGAAGAGGUGGCAUUUCUUGGCGGAGAAGAGACUGAAAAGAUGCUUGUCGAAAGGAAAUACGCGACUGUGAUAAAACAUGAGAACAAAGUCCUAAAUAAGCGCUGGUGGUUUGGAUGCAUCGAGGAAGGCAUCAUCAAGUGGCUAUGGGGAGGUUUCGGAAUGAUAAUAUGCGGUAUCCCUAUCUUUAUCAAACUUCCCGGCAUCUCAAGUGUGGAUCUAGGCGGACGUACAGAAGGGUUCGUAACCAACCGAAGACUACUGUUGUCAUCUUCAGACGCCAUUGGUCGAGUGAUGUACUCUUACAAAGACCUGUCGGAGCUGGCUGGUUACACCGCUCGUGUUUCUCUGUUGCUUGAUACAAUGAAAGACAUCAAAAAGGGAAAAUUUGAAAAAGUUCUCAUUAGCAGUGCAACAACGGGAGAGAAUGCCAAAAUUUUCCGGGGUCAGGGGGAAAUUAUUAUGUCUGAGGACAUUCAGUUUGAGAAUGUUCCCAUUGUUACACCAAAUGGUGAUGUUCUAGUUAAAGGUUUAAGCUUUCAUAUCAAACAUGGACAAAACUUGCUCAUUGUGGGGCCUAAUGGGUGUGGCAAAUCUUCGCUUUUCCGUAUCCUGGGUGGACUUUGGCCCGUUUAUGGUGGUGUAGUUCGAAAGCCUGCCGCUUCAGAGUUCAUCUUGAUCCCACAACGUCCGUAUCUUUCCCUCGGAACACUUCGAGACCAGGUUAUAUACCCCCAUUCGCGAGAAAAUAUGGAAGCUCGUGGUAUUAAUGAUGAUGAUCUGUUGAACAUUUUGUCCGUUGUCCAGAUGGAAGGCGUCGUUGAGAGAGAAGGUGGAUGGAAUGCCGCUCGGGAAUGGAGAGACGCUUUGAGCGGUGGUGACCAGCAGAAGAUUGCCUGGGCAAGGUUGUUUUAUCAUAAUCCCAAGUAUGCAAUCUUGGAUGAGGCGACAUCACUGGUACCGCCAGAUAUGGAAGGAAUGAUGAUGGAGUAUGCUGCCAAACUUGGGAUUACGCUCUUGACGGUGUCACAUAGACCGUCGUUGUGGAAGUAUCAUGCUAUGAUUUUGCACUACGAUGGUCAGGGUGGAUAUGUAUUUACCAAACUCGAUGCAGACAAACGCUUAGCUCUCCAGACGGAGAAACAAGCGUUGGAAACGAAGUUGCUUGAAGUGCCGAAGAUGAAAGCCAGGUUGGUGGAGCUGAAAGGCGUGGAUCAUGAAGAGCUGGUGUAAUAUUUUGCCGGUGAUGUGCUAUUUUAUGGCGUACAAAUAGACAAGGGACCUGUUGAUGGGACACUCCCAGACGACACCACUUGCACCACGUACAUAUCUGAUAUGAGCAUUUUGAACUCAAAUGUUAUACGUACGAAAAGCUUCGGCCAUCUUGGACGCGUUUGGACACGGUGGGGCGGCUCUUGUCGCAUUACUGCUAUCAGAAAUGAUCGGCCAGCUUGGCAGCGC